UUAAAGACAUGACCGCUGGUUGUCAUGUCCAGGCGCUCUAUUUUAGUUCCAUUUCCAGUUUCAUUUCAACAGGACACAUGAAACUGGCCAUUUAACUUAAAUAUGUGUAUACAUACAGAGUAAGAUACAUGUUACGAAUAUCGAUGGGACGUGAAAGCAGCUGACUAGCAUCAAGCUUCGAGCUUCAAAUUCUCCCUUCACCGUCCACCUAAUCCAAUGUUAUGGAGAAAACUCCAUAGGCCCAGCAGUACAGAACGGACAGUACAUAAAGAGUGUACUGUAGGGCAUAGCAGCUGACUGCAUGCUGCAUGCUGAUCACACACAAGAAGUGACAGUUAGUUGCAUACUAUGUAUGAACAGUGUAUGUUCGCAAAACUGAAGACCACUGACUGAGACCAUAAUAGAGCAAGGAACAGCCAGACAAAACUUUCGUUGGCAUUUUGAACCCAAAUUCAAAUAAGUGAAGUGGGGUUUCGGAUUGUAAACAAGUCAAGGUGACAUUUUCUGACACUGUUUUUGUAAAGAAGAAGUUGGAGAGGAUGGCAAAUGAACCUAAAACCACAAAUAUCAAAGAAGUGCGACCAGGAAUGAAAAACCUGAACAUGGCUUUUAUCGUCCUUGAAUUAGGUGCUUCUUCCAAAACAAAAGAUGGUCAUGAGGUUCGUUCUUGUAAAGUAGCAGAUAAAAGUGCCUGCAUUAAUAUGUCAGUGUGGGAUGAACUAGGCAGAAUUAUUCAACCUGGAGACAUGCUGAAAUUAACAAAAGGGUAUGCAUCUCUAUGGCGUGGCUGUUUAACAUUGUACAGUGGAAUGGGAGGAAAGUUGCACAAAAUAGGAGAGUUUUGCAUGGUGUUUUCUGAAACUCCAAACAUGAGUGAACCAAAUGCUGAAUUUAUCGCCCAACAAAAAGUCAGUCUUCAAGAAGGGCGAAGUAAUUCCCCAACUGGGCCGGGGUCAAGUGAUGGAAGACCGCCCAAUAAUGGAGGUCCGAGAAUGGGAGCCAAUGGUAACCAGAACUCCAAAGGUGCUUUUGAACAACAACCUGCUCGACCCCCUACCCCUCCCUUCUUACAACCUCACCCAAAUCGAAGUGGUAUGGGCCAAGGAGGCACCAAGAAUGGCAUGGGCCCGGGCUUUUCCACUGAUCCUAGAGGGGGGAGAGGAAGGAGAGGAAGAUAGCACCAAUAUUUAACAUUUAUGUUUCCUUUGUUUGUAUGGAUUAGUUUGUUGAUCAUGUUGUUAUUAACUAGUUCCCUUCUAAGUGGAUCCAUAUAAUUAGAUUAUGCGUUGGAUAGGGUCUUGGAUUGGGAAGGGAAGGGGCAGGGUCUCAGAUAUGGGGUAAUGGAGGGGGGGGUAUUCUUAGAAAAACACAUGCUUCAUUGAACUUGUUAGUGGAUGAAGAUGUGUCAUGUAUUUUUACCAUCUUGGUAUUUUCCCUGCCUUCAAAGGGAAAAACUAACUAAAUGUUAACUAAAUGAGAUUCAUCACAAUUAAAAUGGCAACUAAUGGAUAGAAUAUUUUGGUCUACACAGGUGUUUGCUUGGUUUGCUAACAAUUGUAUGUCUCCAAUUGACUUCUAUAGGUUUGGAUAAAAAUCUCCAAAUAUAUUUAAGACUUAUCCAAAGAGAUGCCAGAAAGCUUAAUAAAUGUUAUGUGUACUACACACAAAUUAAAGAAUUGUUAUUGGUGAAUGACGGGAAAUUACGUGUUGGAAUUGAUGAUUGGAACGUCACUUGGUUUCAUCCAAUGUCACAAAUUCUCUGGAGUUCAAUCAUUAUAUGUUUCUAAACAAAGAAUAUUAGUUAUUUGUGAAGAGAUUAUGAAUAAAUAUGAUUUCUUUGUAAUGAA